AUGUCAGCAUUAACCGGUAGUGUGAUAGAAGCUGUACAUAAAGAAUAUCCGGGAUAUGAAUUACAUACCAUCGCAUCGGCUCUAUCUCUCAUUGCUGGUUGUAUUGUUUUUGCUCUCGGCAUGUUUCGUCUCGGUUUUAUAGUCGAUUUUAUUCCUCUACCAGCUUUAGCAGCAUUUAUGACUGGGUCAGCAUUGAAUAUUGCUAUGGGACAAAUACCAACACUAAUGGGCAAUCGUAAAUAUUUGGAUACACGUGAAUCGACCUAUUUGGUUUUUUAUAAUUUUUGGAAGCAAAUUUCACAUUGUAAUUUAAAUGCUGCACUCGGCUUAACAUCACUUUUUCUACUUUAUUUAAUUCGUUUUAUUUGUCUUCGUGCAAGUAAACGUUUUCCGACGAAAGAAAAAUUAUUUUUUUUUAUCAGUACACUUCGUGCUGUAUUUGUUAUUCUUCUCUAUCUUCUCAUUUCGUGGUUAAUCAAUCGUAAUGAUCCACAGCAUCCACGAACGGCUCUACUCGGCACAAUUCCACGCGGUUUUCAAAAUAUGGGCAUACCCUAUAUUGAUCGACCAUUAUUGAGUGCUUUUGCAUCGUAUCUACCAUCGACAGUAAUUGUUCUUCUCAUUGAACAUGUUGCUAUAGCUAAAUCAUUUGGUCGAAUCAAUAAUUAUGUUAUUGAUCCUAAUCAAGAAUUGAUUGCCAUCGGAGUAACAAAUAUAUUUGGACCAUUUUUUGGUGCCUAUCCAGCGACAGGUUCAUUUUCACGAACAGCUAUUAAGUCUAAAGCAGGUGUACGAACACCAAUGGCUGGUGUUGUUAGCGGUGUAUUGAUUAUUCUAGGUAUUUAUGCUUUACCACCAAUGUUCUAUUGGAUUUCACAAGCUAGUCUAGCAGCAGUUAUCAUUCAUGCUGUUGGUGAUCUUAUUGCUGGACCACAAACAUUGAAACGUUUUUGGCAAGUAAGUCCAAUUGAAUUUUUCAUCUUUUGGAUUGGAGUUAUUGUAACAAUAUUUUCUACUAUUGAAAUUGGUAUCUACAUUACGGUUAUUUCUUCUGGUGCUCUUCUAUUGUUUCGUAUUGCUAAAGCUCGUGGUCAAUUUGUUGGUCGAGUUCAAGUUCAACAAAUCAAAUUAUCAGUCGAUAACUAUAUUCGUUUAACAACUCGAAAUAUUUAUGUACCACUCGAUCAUUCCGAUGGAUCAAAUCCAACAAUUAUUCCUGCAUCAGCUGGUAACGGCAUUUUUAUCUAUAGAUUGAAUGAAAGUUUUCUCUAUCCGAAUGCCAAUCAUUAUGUGGAACUUAUGAUUGAACAAAUUUUUCGUGAAACUAAAUCAGGCAAACCCAAUAUGUAUGGUUCACUAGGUGAACAACCGUGGAAUUUGAAGACGAGUCGACAUCCAGAAAAGGAUCAACAGAAAGAUGACCCACGUCCAUGUUUACAUGCCUUAAUUUUAGAUUUUAGUGGUGUUGCUCAUUUGGAUAUAACUGGUCUACAAAAUCUUGUCGAUGUUCGUCGACAAUUAGAUUGUUAUGCAGAUAAAAAAGUCAAUUGGCACUUUGUCGGUUUAUCACGUCCCUGGUUGAAACGUGCACUCAUUUCAGCUGGAUUCGGUUCAUCUGAACAAGGACAUACGGUUUUUUCUGUAGCAAAUGUCUAUGGCAAUAUCGACGGUGAUGAAAACAAUACAAAUAUUGUACUUAUUCCCAUUUUGGAUAUCAAUCGACCAUUGUUUCAUGCUGAUCUUGAUGAAGCAUAUGAAGCAGCUAUUGCCAGUUUACCUCAGAAAGAUAAAUCUGUCGUUUUUGAUAAUGGCAUGGUAUAA